AUGCACCACUCGCCGCAGACCCAACGAAAAAAGCAAGCCGCGACUAUCAAGAAGAAAGUGAAUGAGCUUUCCCGAUUGAAGCUCAUAAGCCCCGAUGACAGCAGAUCUAUGACCCUCAAUGACCCCCGUAUCGCGCGUGCGUACGGCCUUCCGAACGUGCACAAGACAGAUGCGCCACUGAGGAUCAUUGUGCCACUUAUUGGAUCACCUACUUACAACCUUGCCAAGUGGUUAUACAGACACUUAAAGCACCUCGCAAAUGGAUCGCAAUACAGCAUCAAAAUUUCUCAGGCUUUCCUACAAAAGAUCCAAGGCCUUGAAGUAAGUCCUGACGAAUGCAUCCUAUCGUUCGAUGUUGUCGCCCUGUUUUCUUCAAUACCACAUGAUCUAGCGAUUGACAGCGUAGCCCGAUGUCUAGAGCAAAGUCCCAUUGGCAUUCUAACAGCACAUGUUCUAGACAUGCUUAAGCUUUGCCUCAAGAAUUAUUGUCAGUUCGAUGGCAAGUUCUAUCAACAAGUAAAGGGCACCCCAAUGGGCUCCCCCAUAUCGGGGCUGCUUGCAGAACUAGUCUUGCAGCGACUAGAAAGGGCUGUUGUGCACACCUUCGAACCAAAAAUGUGGCUCCGCUACGUGGACGACACAUUUGUCAUCAUAGAGACCAGGGAAGUUGAGCGAUUGCAUCAGAGCUUAAAUAGCGUCUUCCCGGCUAUACAGUUCACCCGCGAAGAAGCAACAGGAGAUACCCUCCCCUUCUUAGAUGUGAGCAUUCAAAGACUCAGUGAUGGCAAACUAGCGACAAGCGUCCACAGAAAAGACUCCAGUGCCGAAAUCAUACUUAACUAUGGGAGCAAUCAUCCUGCGGCCCAUAAACGAAGCUGUGUCCGCACUCUUUUCCAUCGGGCCUAUCGAAUCUGCAACAGUGAUGACGCACUUAAGAAAGAAUUGGCCUACUUACAUCGAUUGUUCCGCUCCAACGGAUAUCCUGCCAGUUUCGUAAAGAACUGUCUCAGACGCUAG